CGCUCCCAUCGCUCGCUCUCCGUCGCCAAACGCUGCACAACCCGCUUAUCCUUGUCCACGCUCCCAAGCCAACCAUUGCCACCACCGGCCGCCACCCGACGCUUCUGGCCCCACCUCGGCCCCAGGUUCGUCUUCGACUGCCUGCUCGCGCCCUGUUCCUUACCGCCUAUCGUGUACGCCCACCUCAGCCACCGCAUGAGUACGCACGUCCAAUCCGAAACGAUAGCCGUGCCCCGCCGCUCGCCCGCCUCUGAUCCGUGAUCCCGGUCCGGCGGAUCGGCGGACUCUCGAUGGGGCAGCAAGGAGUGAAGCGCUCACCGCUCGUCUCUAUCGCCUCAACUACUUGCAGCCCGAAUCACUCUUAAGCGCGAAGCGCGAAUCCCUUCCCAUCAUGCCGCCAGCCAUGACUGUGCAACACAAGAUCCUCAUCGCCAACCGUGGCGAGAUCGCCCUCCGCAUCCAGCGGUCGGCGGACAAGCUCGGCGUUCCCACGGUCGCGAUCUACACCCUCGCGGAUGCCGCCACGCCGCACGUCACCGCCGCAGGCGAGGCGUACAUGAUCGGCGACGGCACCGAUCCCCGCGGGUAUCUUGACAUGGACGCGAUUCUCGACAUUGCUAAGAAGAGCGGUACGACCAUGAUUGCGCCCGGCUACGGCUUCCUUUCGGAGAACGCGACAUUUGCUGGCAAGGUCGAGGACGCCGGCAUCAUCUUCCUCGGUCCCACGCCGACGCAGAUCUCGAGCAUGGGUCUCAAGCACGAGGCUCGCGCCGUGGCUAAGAAGGCGGGUGUGCCCAUCGUUCCCGGCUCGGAAGGCGUUGUGGACCAGCUCGAGGAUGCUGUCACGAUCGCCGCUCAGAUCGGAUACCCCGUUAUCGUGAAGGCCAGUGGCGGCGGCGGUGGCAUGGGCAUGACUGUCUGCCGUAACGAGAGCGAGAUGCGCGCCAACUUCGAGGCAACGCGCGAGAAGGGCGCGGUGCUCUUCAAGGAGUCGGCCGUAUUCGUCGAGAAGUACAUUGAGCGCGCACGACACAUCGAGGUGCAGGUCUUCGGCAACGGGCAAGGGCACGUCAUCCACGCCGGCGAGCGUGAGUGCAGCGUGCAGCGCCGUCACCAGAAGAUCAUCGAGGAGGCGCCAUGCGCUCUCUUCGCCAGCGCCAAGGGACAGGAGGUGCGCAAAGCCAUUUGCAAGGCCGCCGUCGACCUGUGCAAGGUCAUGAACUACCGCUCCGCGGGCACCGUCGAGUUUGUGCUGGAUGAUCUCUCGCCAAACCUCGACUUCUACUUCCUUGAGCUCAACGCCCGCAUCCAGGUCGAGCACCCCGUCACUGAGGUCAUCCACCCCGGCCUCGACCUCGUCGAGCUCAUGAUCCGCCAGGGCAUGCAGCCCGACGGCUCGCUGCCGGCUGACGAGCUCGAACAAGAGCCACUCCUCAAGAUCGACGGGCACGCCAUCGAAGUGCGCGUCUACUGUGAGAACCCGAACGCAGGCUUCCAGCCCUCGCCGGGCCAGCUGUUCGAGGUGCGCUGGGGCGACGUCGGGCCACGCGGCCGCGUCGAGACGUGGGUUAAGAGCGGCUCGCUCGUGUCUCCAUACUACGACCCUAUGGUCGCCAAGCUCAUUGUGUGGGGUGCGACGCGCGAAGAGGCCAUCGACAACGCCAUCAAGUGCCUUGACGAGACCAAGGUGGUCGGUCCCCACAACAACAUCGCUUACUGCCGCGCCAUCCUCGACACUAAGGACUUCCGCGAGUCCACCGUCACCACGACGUGGUGCUCGCGCUUCCAGUGGCGCCCCAAUGCCAUUGAGGUGCUGAGCCCCGGCAUCUCGACUACCGUCCAAGACCUUCCUGGCCGCCGUGUCGGCCUCGGCUUGCCUCGCGGCGGUCCGGGUGACAUGCUCUCAUUCCAAGCCGCAAACCUCCUUGUUGGCAACGACCGCUACACCGAGGGCCUCGAAUGCACGAUGCAGGGCCCGAAGCUUCUGUUCCACGUCGACGCGGUCGUCGCCGUAACCGGCGCCGACAUGAAGGUGACGAUCAACGGCAAGGAGGCGCCUCAGUGGACUACGCUAUUCAUCAAGGCCGGCGAGACACUGGCUGUUGGCAUGGCGACGGGCGGUGUCGGCCUGCGCAGCUACAUCGCUGUCCGUGGCGGCUUCGGCAACGUCUCCGAGUUCAUGGGCUCCAAGUCUACGUUCACCGGCGCAUCUCUUGGCGGCUACCAGGGCCGCACGUUGCUGCCUGGCGACCUCCUUGAGAUCCCGACCUCCAACGACGGCCCCGAGCUCACCGUGCCCCCCGCUGCGCGCAUCCCCCUCACUAACGAGUGGACCGUGCCCGUGCUGGCCAACGCCCAGUGGGACCUCGAGUACCUCGACAAGGAGGGUAUGGAGACGCUGCUCGGCGCGACAUGGAAGGUGUCUACUUCUUCCAACCGCUCCGGCCUCCGCCUCGACGGCCCACGCAUUAAGUGGUCGCGUCCUGAUGGUGGAGAGGGCGGCGCUCACCCCUCCAACGUUCUUGACCAGGGCUACGCUUUCGGCUCGCUCAACGUCAACGGCGACACGCCUGUGCUGUUUGCUGUCGACUCGCCCGAUAUGGGCGGCUUCUCGAACGUCCUCGCCAUGGCGGUCGGCGCCGCAUGGAAGUCGGGCCAGAUGCGACCGCAGGACUCGAUCCGCUUCGUCCUCGUCUCGCCCGCCGAAGCCGAGCAGAUCAACCGCGACAACGAGGCGUGGCUUGCGGCGUGCACCACACCCAAGGCGCAGCCGCUGCGAGAGCUCACCGCCUCGAAGGACAUCCAGGACAUCACCCAGUCCUCUGUGCUCCACCACGUCGCGGCGACUAAGGACACGCCCGCCCGCUGGUUCCGCCAGUGUGCGGACGAGUACCUCAUCUACGAGGUCGGCCCGAUGGAGUUGGUUAUCCAGGACCGUGUCCGCGUCGAGCUCUGGGAGCGCGCUAUGAAGGAGGCCAACAUCGACGGCUUGGUGUACAUGAACGCAUGUGUUCGCUCUUCCAUCGUGCACUUCGACCCGAAGAAGAUCAGCCAGGGCGACCUGCUCAAGCGCAUGGUCGAGAUCGACGCCGGCCUCCCCGCCGGCUCGGACGUCGAGCUCGACGUGACGAUCCACAAGUUCCCGUGUGUCCCUGAUGACAAGUGGACGCACGAGUCCAUCGAGUACUACAUGAAGACGGCGCGCAAGGAGGCCGUCUAUCUGCCAUCGAACACGCAGUACAUCGCCGACAACAACGGCAUGACGUUGCAGGACGUGCACGAGACACUGACGUGCACGCCGUGGCUGGUGCUGGCACACGGCUUCUUCGUCAUGCUGCCCUUCAUCAUCCCGAUGGACCCCACGCGGCGCGUCCUGGGUCAGAAAUACAACCCGUCGCGGACCAAGACGUGCGAAGGCGCGAUCGGCCUCGCGGGCGUCAUCGGCGCCAUCUACCCCAUCGCCAGUGCGGGCGGGUACCAGCUGCUGGGGCGCACGCUGUCGACAUGGCAGGCGUGGGCGGAGAAGCACUCUAUCCUGAACAACUUUGACUCGAUCGAGUUUUACACCGUCAGCGAGGAUGAGUUUGUCGACAUCGAGCGCCAGUUCAAGGCCGGGAGCUGGAAGCCGGAAACGCGCGCGUCAAAGUUCCGCAUGGAGGAGUACACACGCUUCAUUGCCGAGAAGGAGGCCGCGACGGCCGACUUCAAGAAGCGGCAGGCCGAGUGCUCGGCACGCGUCGCGGCCAAGGAGGAGGAGAUGUUCAAGGCAUGGCUCGCGGAGAAGGAGGCUGAGGCGGCCAGCGGUAAGCCGGUCGUGACGACCGAGGCCGAGGGCGAGCCGGUUAUCUCCCCAUUGUCCGCCAGUGUGUGGAAGGUGCUCGUGAAUGAGGGCGACGUGAUUGACAGUGACGAGCAGCACGUCGUCGAGCUCGAGGCGAUGAAGACUAGUGUGUUCGUCGCCGCCGGCGACGAUAUGAAGGGCAAGAAGGUCAGCGCUAUUGUCGUGGCCAAUGGCGACGCCGUCAACCCCGGUGCGCCUCUUAUCUAUCUGAAGUAGUUGUAAAUGUAUACGGUUUGGGGCCAG